UCGAUGUCAGCUGAGGGCGACAGAGGGAGGUGUUCCCCCCUUUUCCCGGUUCUCAAGAUUUUCUCCUCAGUCCACAAUAAACUUUCAUUUUGGGAAGUAGACACAUACACACACAACAGCCGGUCGUCAUCUUGUCCUGCAACGGUUUUGCCCUGAGAAAGCUGGACUGAACUGGACUUGACGUUCAUUGUUACUUUUACAAAACGCGCGAAGGGGAGAAGGAACUAACAUAGGAAGCGCACAGGUGGAGCUCUCCGGAGCGUCUUUUUAAAAUCCGGUGUCAUCUUCUGCAAGCAGGAGACUUCAGGGGACAAGAUGACAGAAAGCAGCCUCUUCACUGCCGGUUAAUGCCACAGCUGUUUUAAUUUGUUGUUGUUUUUUCCCGCUCCCUGGCACGUUCACUCCUCGCGCGACCCCUCAAGAAACACCUGGAAUGGAAAAACUUUAUCUGCCUCGACUGGACUGUAGUAAAAACUCCCAAGAAAGAAUGAAGUAACCGCAAUGGAGCCGGACAAUGUCCCGUACUCCAAACUCAAAAGCACUGGAGUCGGGGGGAGAGUUCUGAUUCUUUGGACUAUACUCUGUUGCACCUGCUCUCUGAAGCUAGCCCAAGCACAAGAUGUGGAUGUUCUGCAGCAGCUUGGGCUUUUUGGCCGAAGAUCAGGCGGGUCGUCAUCUUCAGGCGCUCGAUCCAUCCCUAACGGCAUCAUCCCCUUCAAGUCUGGAGUCAUCCUCACCCCAAGGGCACGCAUCCAGGCGCCUCUACGCACCGUCCUCCCUGCUACCUACAGCUCCACCAACCUCUCCCUGAUCCUCAGCCUGUCUGUUCACCGCGUCAACAGCGCUUUCCUUUUUUCGGUUCUGUCGAAGAAAAGGAAAGUUCAGCUGGGAUUGCAGUUCGUGCCGGGGAAGGUCCUGGUACAUGUGGGCCACAGGAGCUCUGUGAGCUUCGACUAUGACGUCCACGAUGGCCAGUGGCACAGCCUGGCGUUGGACAUCCAAGGCCAGCAGGUGCUCUUACACACUUCCUGUGGAAAAGGAAGCGUACAUGCAGAUUUGCAUACAAGAAAAGAGGAGGCUCUGGACGAAGAGGGCUCUUUCCUGCUGGGCAAAAUGAACCACAACUCGGUGCCGUUUGAAGGCGCCAUCUGUCAGUUUGACAUUUAUCCCUCUGCCAAGGCAGCUCAUAACUAUUGUGAUUACAUUAAGAAACAUUGCAGAGAAGCCGACACGUAUCGGCCUGUGUUUCCAGCCCUGCUACCUCUAUUUUCCAUAGACCCAAACAUCACUGUUACUCGUAUAACUCCGCUGUCAUUGACGGAGAUAUCCAAAAAGGCCCAGACACCUACUUUGGCCUUGACUGAGGAAAGCACCAGGACUACCAUUCUUGUUCCAACUGACCGCUCGCUGCUGCUGAACAAAACAUCUGUGUAUCAGACUGUGAGCCCUCCAAGCCCCGGUGCCGUGUCUGUUUCUCCACCGGUUCAUCCAGGGCUGGAAAGUCCGUUUUAUUUUCCGACUGAAACUGCGACUGCAUCUCUGCGGAUCAGCGUGACGCCACCAAACCCCAAACCAACUUCACACGCAAACCAAGGAGAUACUCAUUCUCAGAAACCUUCUGGUGAAAGAAUGGAUUUACCUGCUUCCACCCGAACAUCAGCCAGACCAGACCAGAAGCCAAACCUCCACACCACGGCUGCUUUCCCGCAGGGGUCUCCUUCAAACGCCUACCUAAACCAGAAAGAGCAGUUGACCACAGUAGCUCCAAAGAAACCUGAGCCAAAAGUGACCAGUGUGCCGGAUGUCAAACCCACCUCACUUAUUCCAGUCACUCCAGCUGCAACAGAUGGCUUCCAAACAUUUGACCUGGACCCGACCCAGUUCUCACUGCUGGCUGGACCACCUGGACUAAAGGGAGAACCAGGACCGCCGGGGCUUCAAGGACUUCCAGGUUUGCCAGGAAAGCAAGGAAAGAGGGGCCCAAGGGGUCCUCCUGGCCCACAUGGAAACCCUGGUCGUCCUGGACCUCCUGGAGUCAAGGGACAAAAAGGAGAUUACGGAUUGUCACCUGGUCAAGCCCCAAAAGGACUAAAAGGAGAGCCUGGUGUCAUGGGCCCCUCUGGACUGCAUGGCCAAGAUGGACGAAAGGGACAGAAAGGUCAUCCCGGUCCUGCUGGUCUCCCAGGUGAACCUGGUGAACGGGGAGAUGAUGGAAGCCCUGGGGCCAAAGGCUAUCCUGGCAGGCAGGGUUUACCCGGGCCUGUAGGAAAAGUGGGGCCAAAAGGAGUCAGGGGUCAUAUUGGCAUCCCUGGGCUUUUUGGCCUUCCUGGUCCUGAUGGAGAGAGAGGAAUUCCCGGCGUUCAUGGGAAGAAGGGCAAGAUGGGUAGGCCGGGUUUUCCUGGUGACUUUGGAGAGAGGGGACCUCCUGGCCCUGAUGGGAACCCAGGUGAACUGGGAUCUCCUGGCCCAUGUGGAGUCCCCGGUCUUAUUGGAGACAUGGGCCUUAUUGGCAUGAUGGGCUUACCAGGACCUCCAGGACUCAAGGGAGUACCUGGAAACCCGGGGGAACCAGGACUGAAAGGUGAUAAGGGGGACGUUGGUUUACCAGGACAGCCGGGGGAAAGCGGGUUCCAAGGGGACAAGGGGAUACGUGGCUCACCUGGGCUGCCGGGUCCUUGUGGAAAACCUGGACCACAGGGCAAACUGGGAGAAAGUGGCCCUGCUGGUUUACCUGGCCCCCUUGGCCCAGAGGGUUUUCCAGGCGACAUUGGCCCGCCAGGACAAAACGGCCCCGAAGGACCCAAGGGAAAGCAAGGGACAAGAGGCUUGCCAGGUCCAAGAGGAACACCCGGACUUCAGGGUGAGGAGGGACCAGUCGGGCCUGCUGGACCGGCUGGACUCGAGGGCAGGCCUGGGAGGCAGGGAUUCCCUGGACUGACAGGCCCAGAUGGACUCAAGGGCGAAACCGGGAUAACUGGCGAGGUCGGAAAGCUUGGCGAGAGGGGACUGCCUGGUUUUGUCGGGCCUGUUGGAGAGAGUGGCAUCGCAGGAGAAAAGGGGGAUCGAGGCAAAACAGGCGCCCCAGGGCCGCCAGGUGAAACGGGGCCGAUGGGUCACACUGGAAUACCUGGAGAGACAGGGACGCCUGGACCGCAAGGGAUCCCAGGGCCUCCUGGUUCACGGGGAUCCAUCGGCAUCAGAGGACCCAAAGGCAGGAGGGGUCUGAGGGGUCCUGAUGGCCCGGUCGGGGAGAAAGGGUCCUCUGGAGUAAAGGGUCCUGAUGGUCCACCAGGAAAAUUGGGCCUCCCCGGGGAGAUGGGAAAUCUUGGCGAGCCAGGUGAAGCUGGGCCUAAGGGAUUUCCAGGUGUUCAAGGACCCUCAGGACCUCCAGGGGCCAAAGGAAUCGCAGGAGAGCCAGGACCAGCAGGGCCACCGGGAACAAUUGGGCCACUGGGGGAGAUGGGUCCCAGGGGGCCGCCGGGGAAGGAUGGAGAGAGAGGACUGCCUGGUGAACCUGGAGAGAAGGGGGCCGUCGGUCUGUUUGGAAACAUCGGGGAGCAGGGUCUGAUCGGCCAGAGAGGGGAGUCGGGCAUCGAUGGGGAGGCUGGACAAAGUGGACCUGAUGGAGCCAAGGGUGACAAGGGCGAUUCUGGCCAAGAAGGCGGAAAAGGCGACAGGGGUGAAAUCGGUCUGAAAGGAAAGGAAGGACCCCCUGGGCCUCCCGGCCUGCUCGGUGUAAGGGGUCAGGAGGGUAAACCCGGCAAAAUUGGCGAAAGAGGAAAACUGGGAGAAAAGGGGAGCAAAGGUUACCAAGGUUACCUGGGUGAGGUCGGGCCAACCGGUGAGCAGGGGGAGGCGGGCUGUGUCGGGCAGAAAGGAGCCAGAGGAACCAUCGGGCCAGUGGGUGCUCCGGGGAGAAUGGGCCAACAAGGAGAUCCAGGCAUUUCAGGUUACGAGGGUCACACGGGACCGCAGGGCCCCCUGGGACCUCCAGGGCCAAAAGGUGAAAAGGGUGAACAGGGAGACGACAGCAAGGUGGAAGGUCCGGCAGGUCCCCAAGGUGACAGAGGUCCUCCUGGAAACAGAGGAGAGAGAGGAGAACCAGGUGACCCUGGACACAUUGGUCAAAUCGGUUUCGAUGGAAAGAGAGGUGAAGCUGGUGGCCAAGGGCUUCCUGGACAUCCUGGGCCAAAGGGACAACCGGGGCUGAAAGGAUCCAAAGGUGACCAAGGCCAGAAAGGAAAAUCAGGAACAAGAGGCGCACCAGGGACCAAAGGACCACCAGGUCCAGAGGGUCCUCUUGGCCCUCGGGGAGUUGUUGGCAGGGAGGGACCUGAGGGCCUGCCUGGCGCGGACGGACUGCUCGGUAAAGACGGCGCUAAAGGAGUCAAGGGGGAGCAAGGAGAAGAUGGAGAAGUGGGUUUGACUGGUAAACCUGGACUGCCAGGUACAACUGGUGUGACGGGGCUUCCUGGAGAACAAGGCUCCUUUGGACCGAAGGGUGAAAGAGGUCUUCCAGGCCAGACUGGUGCACCAGGAAAAAAAGGCUCUGCUGGUGGGAUGGGUUUGCCAGGAAAGCAAGGAGACCAGGGACCUAAAGGCCAACCAGGGGAUUCUGGUGAACAAGGAUUUCCAGGCGUGUUCGGUCUGUUUGGACCUAAGGGACCCAUGGGGGACAACGGCCCAGCAGGGAUACAAGGACCAAAAGGACCACGUGGUUUGUUGGGUAUGGACGGCGCUCUGGGCCCCGUCGGCAUCAUCGGCCCCAGCGGUCAUCCUGGACCCCAGGGUGACAAAGGAAGUCGGGGGGAGACGGGGUUGCAAGGACCAAAGGGAUUUCGUGGCCCUCGCGGACCACCUGGACCCCCAGGUCUGUCCACUUCUGCUCUCUCCCUUAGAAAUGAGGCUCUCGGUGCCGCCUUUCAAGUCAUCAUUGAUUCCCACGCCGCGCUGAGGCCAGAGAGCAUGGACCUGCCCAUGUUAGACCAGGGCACGGAGAUCUUCAAGACCCUGCAGCAUCUCAGCACUCUGAUCCAGAGUCUGAAGAACCCGCUGGGGAACCGAGACAACCCGGCCCGAAUCUGUCGAGACCUGUACAACUGUGAACAGAGGAUGCACGACGGCACUUACUGGAUCGACCCCAACCUCGGCUGCUCCGCUGACACCAUUGAGGUGAUGUGCAACUUCACCGGCGGAGGACAGACCUGCCUGAAACCCAUCACGGUAUCCAAGUUGGAGGUCGGAGUGGGUCGUAUCCAGAUGAACUUCGUCCACCUUUUGAGCACCGAGGCCGUGCAGCACAUCACCAUCCACUGCCUCAACACGCCUGUGUGGGCAGCAGGACCCUCCCUGCACCCUUCAUCCAGGGCUGUGAGCUUCAAGGCCUGGUCAGGAGAGAAGAUUAGGGCGGGCGACCUGCUGGAGCCGCUUGUACCCCGGGACGACUGCUGGAUCAAAGAUGGCCGCUGGCACCAGACCCACUUCAUCUUCCAGACCCAGGACCCGAACCUACUCCCCAUCGUGGACGUGUACAACCUGCCGAGCACAGAACCCGGCGCACGCUAUCACCUGGAGGUCGGACCCGUGUGCUUCUUAUAGCACCCCGAGGAGGAUCCAAGAAUACUUCUCAAAGGAGUACCUGCAUGAAGAAAGGGGGACAGGUGGACGGGGGGGAGACUAAUCCUUCUGUUUCCACAACAAACCCCCUUUUUUUCUUCGCAAAAUAUGCUUGGACUGCAGAAACAGGAGGGGGCGCCAGAGAGAGGAGGCCCGUUGAAAAUGCAGAGACUUCUAGCACUAAUCAGCCUAUGGAAAACAAUAAUAAGCUUCUUUUUCAGAGACUUGUUUGUGUGAUACAAGACCUGAACGCCCCUUUUGAAAGGAAGUAAUAUGAACGUCUCAUCCUGUCACCUCGGACCAUGUUGUAUCAUAUUUUCUUCACGGUCCGAUUCCCCCGACCUAAAGCGUUUUUUUCUUUUUUUUUCAAAAGAGAUCUGUACAGAAAUAAGGAACAGUUACAUCUGCAAAUGCAAUAAUUCCUAUUUUAAUGUUUAAGUAUUAUUUAUACAUGUAUAUGUACUGUAUAUUGUAAUAUAAAGUGCAAUAGUUAUUGUUUCACAGCCUUUCGGCAUAUACAGUAUCAGCAUCAUGUCACUCAUUCAGGUAUACAGUGUGCCUCAGACACACAGGCACUCUGUCUCCAGGUAAGUCUUUUUUUUUUUUGAGCCUUUAAAAACUGUCCGGUGCUGAGAGACCCCCACGUUCGUACAAAUAACAAUACACAAACAACUGCUGUGUGGUACGCUCCGCGUUAGAGUGGAUCGAAGCUUUCCACAGCGUGAACUGAGAAAAGUGUGUCAAGAUGCUACCUCGUACUGCACCUCUCAUCUCGCAGCAAAACAAGACGUUACCUGAUAUAAUCUGAGGAGACGGCGAGGUGACACCCGGUGCUGCAACAGUUGACACUCACAUUAUAAAGUCAUGUCAGCUCUCCGCCAAGCUAUGUCUGUGCUUUACGAAACAAAAAAAAGGGAAGAUUGUAAGAUAUACACGCAGGCCAAAUUCAUUAAAUUAUAUUUUCAAGGUAGUAUUUUAAUGUUUUCAAUAUUCUUUGUACUGUCUGACACUGAGUCUGACACUAUAAGUUAAGGUUUUUUUUUGUAUCUGUAAAAAAAAUGUCUAAUUAUGCAACCUUUAUUAUCUUACAGUGGAUUCUAUUUAAGUUUUAUUUAAAUUCUGAUUAGCUUUCAACUUCAAUUUCAACAUCAACUUCAUAUUUUAUCACAUUUUUUGUGUUUUUCUAACUAAACUGUCCCAGACAACCGUUCUUUUUUUUUUAUUUACUGUUUAUGCAUUUGUUACUCAAAGGUGCAGCAAUGGCGGUUUUUCCCGCCAGUCUAUAAACUCAGAGGAUUUCUUACAAUACACAACACAACAACACAACACAACACUACCACGGUACAUGAGCUCACAGUGUUUGGUCUGUACAGGCAUUUUUUUUUUUUUAUGCUGCGUGAAUGAAGUCUAAUGACUCAACAGGUAAUUCAAUAAAAGUCUGAAACCUUU